UGUUUUGGGGGGAAAAUACAGACAAGUGGGUGUAGAAGUUAUCUUAUUGAUUCAGCUUACAACAACACAGCGACCCACCCCUUCUCUCCUCUGUCUGUCCCCUUUUGUUGUGGUUGCUGCCGAUGGUUUGGCCCACAAAGCCGGUCAUUGCUGGCCACGCUGCCAUAGCAACCAGGAAAUACUCACCGCCGUCAGUGGAGUAGUGUGUGAAUUUGUGUGUGUGUGUGCUAGGGGGGAUAGAGAGAGCAGAACGUGAUGAGUGGGAGUCCAGACGGAUCACAACAACAGAAGGGAAGGAUUUCCACCUUUCGCCUCCGAUUCAAGCCUUUCCUCGCUUCAUCGUCCAACAGGAGUACCUGGCUCAGAUGGCUGCCAGCACAGCAGCCACGGCUCUCCUGCCUCCAGUGAAGAGCGUGGUGGUCUAUAAGAAUGGAGACCCUUUCUACAGUGGACGCAGGUUUGUGGUCAACCAGCGACAGGUGGCCAGCAUGGAGGCCUUUCUGACUGAAGUGACCCGGAGCAUCGGGGCCUCCCUGGCCGUCAGGACCCUCUACACGCCCAGGCAGGGGCACAGGGUCUCAGACCUCCAGGAUCUUCAGACAGGAGCCAAGUAUGUUGCUGCUGGCUUUGAACGGUUCAAAAAACUUGAUUACCUGACCGCAAGAACGAAAAAGCAGCCGGAUGGCCGUGAAGAAACCCAGGCCAAAGCAUCCCAGAGGCUCAAUGUUUCAGCCAAAUGGAGAAAGUUUAUACCUCUACCCUGCAUUAUACACGUUUUCCGAAAUGGAGACUUGCUUUGUCCACCAUUCCGGUUCAUCAUUCCUCGGAGCAUGCAGCAGGACCUGGAGCAGAUCCUGAGUCUGGUCACUGAGAAGGUCAGCUUAAGAACCGGAGCUGUGCGCAGGUUGUGCUCUCUGGAAGGAGCGACUUUGUCGUCAGCUGUGGAACUGGAGACUGGCCACUGCUAUGUUGCCGUGGGAACUGAGAGGUUCAAGAAACUUCCAUAUGUGGAGCUGUUGGUUUCAAAAGCUACAGAGAGAUAUUACCAAGGAAAGAGAAGGCUGUUAAGGAGAAAUGAGAACAGGAAAGCAGGAAGUGGUCCAGAGGAUCAGUACAGUGACUCAGCCCUCCUCGACUCCCCAGAGUCAGAUGGUCGCAGGGUGAAGUCCACAGGAGAUGAAGCUGCAGCUCCAGCAGAGCAGAGCAGGAGAGAGGAGACGUCUGCCUUCUUCUCCAGGCCCGUCAAGAUCCGCAACAACAGAGGACAGCCCAGACCCCCACUCAGCAAUGGAUCUGUCCAGCCCAGCCUGUUGAAGAGAGCAGCACGGAGGAGAAGAGAGGAGGCACGAGGGGCCGAGGAGGUGCACGAGGACGAAAACACAGCUACAGAGCUUCCUGUUGACCAGAGAGUAGCAGAGAUAGUGGAGGAUGAGGAACAAAACGCUCCACUAGACAACACUCAGCAGGAUCCUGAAAGGCAGCAGACGUCUUUGAAGUCAAGGCCUUCGUCAAACACAUCUCAGGUAGAGAGCAGGGAAGAAAAGGAGAGCCCACAGGUUGCCCCGUCAAUACCACAGAACACAACCAUCAUCAGGAGUCCUGGUGAAUUCAUCAAAGAGGUUUAACUACAGCUGACGAGCCAGCGGCUGUUUCUAUGAUGACCAAAUGUGCUCCAAUUAAUGUUUGAUUACAUUUGUAGUACUUUAAAAGUGUUAAUGAGCAAAGCGACAACUUGAAUUGAUGUUUUAUUUUAGAACAAAGUCCAAAAUGUGAACAGGCAUGCAAAAUAAGAACAAAUAACUCUUUUUAAGAUU